UGUAGGUUUCAUACCUCAUCACUGCUGUCAGUAGUCCAGGUUGUCUCUUAAGGCCCUGCCAGCAGAUUUCUGAUGGAGCUCCUCUUCAAAAAAAAAAUAACCCUAAAAUCGAAGAAACAACCCACAAAAACCAACACAACUACAAAAUAAAAACCAAAAAUUUCCAACAGACUGAGGCUCUGACUGAGUUUUUAAUAAAGUGAGAAUGUUAAUUAGUCCUUAUAGUUGCUUUCUAAUGGGGGAGGAAAGUACUUUCCCAAAUCAGUUCCUCCCAAUCUCUAAAUUUCAGUCCAUGUAUUUUUUCCACAAAAUUACUAAAAGCUAUUGACCUGAGGGAUUUGUUUUCCAUUCUGAAGUCUUGAAAUUUUCCUCCUGGCUAAUUACAGCCUAUUACUCUAGACUUUGGUCCUUUAGCAGUAACAUUUUCCAUCUUAAGAUGGGUUGUCCCAUUCCAGUGAAGAGCAUGUUGUCUGAGUGCUGAAUGGAAUUACUACCAGUGGAAACUAUGCUGCAAGAGGCUCGAUAAAGCAGCUGCUGUGCAAACCUCAGCUGUUUUUUCCAUCCUCCCGAGCGCUUGUAAUUAGCAUAGGGAAGCUGACUAAUGUGCUGACGUCACCUCUUUCCAGUCGCAGCUUACAUUUUGUUCCUGACUGCCUCAAAGCAUGCAGGACUUCGUUCAGGAAUGCGCUGUCACAUACAGGAUGCUCUGAAACCUUUUUUUUUCUGAGGGGCUGGACUUGUUUCCUUUAUAAACGCUGCCUGCAGGACCAACGGCUUCCUUAAAAGUCAGUGGUUUCUGUGGAACAGCAGGUAUCACUUUGGCAAAGCACAAAAUGCAUUUUAGAAAUUUUAACUACAGUUUUAGUUCUCUUAUUGCCUGUGUGGCAGAUAGCGAUGUCUUCAAUCAAGCAGAAACAAGGGCCAAAUUUGAAUCACUGUUUAGAACAUACGACAGAGAUAUCACCUUUCAGUAUUUUAAGAGCUUCAAAAGAGUACGAAUAAAUUUCAGUAACCCUUUAUCUGCAGCAGAUGCUAGAAUCCAGCUGCACAAGACAGAGUUCCUUGGCAAGGAAAUCAAAUUAUAUUUUGCUCAGACUUUGCACAUUGGAAGCUCACAUCUGGCGCCACCAAAUCCAGACAAACAGUUUUUGAUUUCACCUCCUGCCUCUCCACCUGUUGAUUGGAAGCAAGUAGAAGAUGCUACUCCAGUCAUUAACUAUGACCUUUUAUAUGCUAUCUCCAAGUUAGGACCAGGAGAGAAGUAUGAGCUCCAUGCUGCAACUGACACUACUCCCAGUGUUGUCGUCCAUGUAUGUGAGAGUGACCAGGAAAAUGAUGUGGAAGAAGAAACGAAGAAACCCAAACCAAAAAUUAUUCAGACAAGGAGGCCAGAAUAUACUCCUACCCAUUUAAGUUGAACUGCUGUUCUAUUUUCAAGGGUUACAAGUAGACAUAAGCAAGGGAAGCAUUUACAGGUCACAGAUUUGGUGGCAACAGCAGCACUUAUGGCAGGAGAAAUACCAAUAUAAGUUUGCUCUGAAAAAAUAUAGGAAGUUUCAUCCUUAUUUUUGAUGCUGCGGGUUGAUGGAUGUCGUGCGUGUAUUCCCAGAUCACUGGGAAAGAAAGAUAAGCAGAAGACAACAUUUUGAGACGUAACAGGACAAACUAGGAUUGUUUUCUGGGGGUACUGUAGGCUGUUCCAUUAUAAAGCAGCUGGGGGAAGCUUCCUUCGUUCUGACUCACAUAAAUCCUCAAACUAAUAGGCUAGUCAUUUUGUGGAGUACAUAGCGAUAACAGAGGUGGGUUUAAAGAUUAAAGUAUGGGAAUUAUAAACCUUUUUCUUAUAACAGAUUUUGUGCAUGUGUAUUCUUGGUCUUCUAAAGUAACUUUGCAUUAUUUUCUAUAGUUUCUCAUAUGUUUCUGGAAAUCUGGGAAAUUGUUUCAAGUAUUUAUUAUCUCAGCAUCCUGGACUUACGAUUAGAUGUGUAUAUACAUAUAUAUUUAUAUUUGUUUUUAUUGGCACUCAUUUUGCAGCAGGCAUACAAUUUCUUCAGCACCAUAUUUUGGUGCUAUGUAACUUGUGCUUUUAAAAUUUUAAUCUUUUAAAUGCCUAUAUAGGCUUUUAUCUGGCAAAGUAAUGGAAAAAUGUGCAAUAGGAAAGUUCCUUAAAUAACUUGAUUUUAAAUUAUUUAAGUUUAAAUAAUUUAUAUCUUCAAUAAAAUUUGUUCUGUAGCUUUGACUUUCUCACUUGGAAAAAAAAAGUAUUCUUAAAUGUAUAAAUAAAG